AUGGACGUGUUAUCGAUGAUCAUGGCCCUCUUCUUCAUGCUGCUCGCCGUCUGGUCGCAGUCUCAGCUCGCGGCCCUGCAGCAGCCCAAAAGCGAGGCGGCGCCCGCGUUGGAGAUCCUCUACAGCAAGCGGGUGGUGACGCGCGGGGCCGUCAUCGCAGCGGCGGUACACGUCUCCGACGGGCGCGUACAGUCCAUCGUGCCGAUGCGUAAUGCUCCUAAGGGCCCGAAGGUGACCGACUACGGCAGACUCGCCAUCUCCCCGGGCCUUGUGGACGUCCACGUCCACCUAAACGAGCCCGGGCGAGAGGAAUGGGAGGGCUUUGAGACCGGCACCAAGGCUGCCGCUACGGGAGGCGUCACAACCGUCGUAGACAUGCCGCUGAACUCGUACCCCACCAUCUGCGACGCGGCCACGUUCGACGGCAAGAUCGCCGCGUCCAAGGGCAAGCUGCACGUGGACGUGGCCUUCUGGGGCGGGCUCGUGCCCCAGAACGCGCACAACGAGACUGUGCUCGACGAGCUCAUCGAGCGGGGCGUCGUCGGUUUGAAGACGUUUAUGUCGCCGUCGGGCAUCGGAGACUUUGAGCAGAGCUUCAAGCCGGACCUGGAGGCGGCACUCAAGACGCUGGCCAAGCACCAGGUGCCUCUCAUGGCCCACGCGGAGCUUCCCUCGGACGUGGACCUUGAUCCCAACGCUGAUCCCAGGAAAUACGCCACCUACCUUGCGACUCGGCCGCGCAAGUGGGAGCAGGAUGCGAUUGCUCAGCUCGUGGAGAUAGCCAGCACCACCGAGGGUGCGCCCAUCCACAUCGCGCAUGUUUCAGACGCCGACAGCCUCGAGAUGAUCGCCGAGGCGGGUCGCCAGGGCAAGAGGAUCACCUCUGAGACUUGCACCCACUACCUCACAUUUGCCGCUGAGGAAAUCCCGGACGGCAGCACGCUUCACAAAUGCGCGCCCCCAAUCAGGGAGGCAGAGAACCGCGAGAGGCUCUGGGAGGGCAUUAAGAAUGGAACCCUCACCUUCGUCAGCAGCGACCACUCCCCCGCUCCUCCAGAGGAUAAGCUCGUGGAGGAGGGUGACUUUCUCCGCGCAUGGGGUGGGAUCUCGAGCCUGCAGUUUUCUCUUCCGGCGACAUGGACGCAGGCACUUGCUCGAGGACUGACCCUGGCGGACGUUGCCGAGAUUUGGAGCGCCCGUCCCGCCGCGGUUGUCGGCCUCGGCGCCAAGGGGACCAUCUCCGCUGGAAAGGAUGCAGAUUUCGUGGUGUGGGACCCAGAGGCUGAGAUCACGGUCGGUGAGGAUUGGAAGGUUGAGCACAAGCACAAGCUCACCCCUUACCACGGCAUGAAGAUGAAGGGCAAGAUUGUCGCCACGUACCUCCGCGGCGAGAAGAUUUAUUCGUCGUCAGAUGAGAGGGGCAAGUACUCUCACAACCACAGGGCCGCGGGGCCCUACGGUCGACCCCUGUUGCGCAAGUAG